GCAGUAUCAAGCAACCCCUCGCAACGGUCUAGACGUAAGUAAGGCUACUGGACUCACCAUGCCGCCUAAACUUUCCAAAAGCGCCAAACAAGCACUGAUCGUCUCUCAUUUGCGGUCCACCGGGACCUGCCACACCCUCAAGGACCUGGAGAAGAUGCUCCCCUCGGUGGCCUCCAUCAACGGCAUGCAGGUCAAGGAGUUCGUUCAGGAGUUGACCGACGAAGGCCGGCUGCGUGUGGAGAAGAUCGGGAGUGGGAACUGGUACUGGUGUUUCGCGGCAGAAGAGAAGAAGGAGCGGGAGGCCCGAGUGAGUCGGCUCGAGAAAGAGGUGGAUCGGCUGCGAGGGAGCUGUGAAGACGCGGAGGCCCGAUUACUUGCGCGGAAGACUGCCAGGGUGCAAGAGGGGGAGGAAGAGGAGGAACACCGGAGAUUGAUGGAGCAGAAGGCUGUGCUCGAGCGGGAGACACAUCAGCUGCAGGGGGAAUGGCUGGCGUUGUCGACCAGGGCUGAGGGGAAAAGCUUGCCGCAGAUUAAAGAGGAGACGGAGGAGAACCGACGGCUGGCGCAUAUGUGGACGGACAACAUCUACGUCUUGGAAGGGUAUAUGGGCAAGCUGACCGGAGGAGACCGGGAAGUGAUUCGGAUGGUGCAGCAGGAGUGUUACGACGAGGAAUAUGUGGAGGGGGAAGGAUUGCGAGAACUGGAGUGAGUGUGUCUGUGGAUGAAUGUGGGAUGUGGGAAGUGGGAAGUGGAGGGGCUGGCUGGCUGGUUGGUACGGAGCAGUCCUGGAGGAUUGCUCCGGACUGCUAGGAGGACCUACCUGGAUGGGCCGUCAGCCGUGGGGAUUUUCGUCAGCAUCCUCACCACUAGUGGUACUUAUUACACCGUAGUAUUAGUAUGAUUAUGUACGAUGUACCUACGGAGUAGGGAUGGUGUAGUGGUCAGACACGACGGGGCAAGAAAACGCAAGGAAAAGCAACCACAACAAAGAGAAUCAUCUGAAUCGUAAAUAAGAUUUCUCAUACUAAGCCGAUGGUUGAG